UGAAUGGAUAAACAUCUAUAGAAAUCGCUCUUCUAAAUAAAAAUACUUUAUCGUGGUAAUAUGCAGUAAUAAGUGUUAACUUGGAGUUAUAUUAGUGACAUUAACUUGAAGUGAUAAUUAUAAAUAGCCUGGACCAAUUAAAGUGAGUAAUUUGCCCAUAAUUACAAUCAAAUUGUGACUUCAAAUCACGGUUGAUUCAAAAAUAAAUACGGGUAGCGCGGUAGAUCCCAAGCUAUUCUAUAACUACACGCUUCGCCGUUCGGGUCAUAUCCGCGUGCGCCCUCGCCCGCCCGUCGGCGCGCAGUCUGACGCGACGUCACAGCGGCCGCCGUCAUAGACUAACUACUCGCAGACGCGGAACGAUCAUCUAUAUCUGCAACUUGACUCUGAGAGGCAAAUACACAAUGUCUUUGGUUCAACGCUCUCCUGCAAAGUCCAGCCUACAUUUAUCUGACCCGAAUCUUUCAACUAGCUCUGAGGUUGCGUCAAGGAACAUGAAACGAAAACACCCAGAUUGUGAAUUAUUUGAUGCCUUCAGCUCUUUUUCUGCGGAGAUUAAAAAGACAUUAGGCGACUGGCGCCUAGACUUAUCCACCAAUAUUUCACAUAUCAGUGAAAAUAUAAACAACAUCAGAAGCGACUUAGAUAAACUUACUGCAGCGACAUCAGUAAUUAAAAACGAAAUGAAUGAGCUUCAAACAAACCAAAAGGAGUUGGAGAAACGAGUUCUAUCAUUGGAGUCUAAUCAAUCAUCUGUGAAUAAAAAUUUUACUGAAAUACAAUCAUCAACACAGUUUCUUGCGAGUCAAAAUGAUGAUUUUAUUAGGAAAAUUGCAAUAUUAGAGUCCGGAAAAAAAAAUACUGAUCAAACAUCCGAUGCUGUCUUCAUCCUAGAGUCCAAAAUAGACAGUCUGGAACAGCAGGCGAGACAAUGUAAUUUGGAGCUCAGUAACGUUCCAGAAAAAAGAGGCGAGAACCUUCUCAGCCUGAUCGAGUCUCUGGGCACUCUUAUAAACCUACAGAUACAACAGAGGGAUAUCAUCUCUGUGCAUAGAGUGCCUCACGCACAGCCGGACAGCACCAGACCGAAGAACAUAGUAGUCAAAGUCUCGUCGCGCAUACUACGUGACAACAUUUUGAGCGCGUUCCGGCUGAAAAAAGGAGUUAUGGCUAAUGAGCUUGGGCUCUCAAACAAUACUAAACAUAAGAUAUAUUGCAAUGAACACCUAACUCUGAGCAAUAAGAAAUUGUUUCGUGAAUGUCGCGAAAAGGCAAAGAAAUGCGAAUUCAAAUAUGUGUGGGUCAAGCACGCCACCAUACUUGCUCGAGAAUCAGACCACUCGCCUGUCGUCGCCAUCAGGUCUCACAAGGACCUCUCAAAGAUUAAACCUCGAAAUGCUGGACACUAAAUUUAAGAUUUUGUUAUUGAUCGUGUUUAAUCUGUGUUUGCAUGCAUGUACAUUUCUUGUUAUUCCAAAAAUAUUUUUACUCGCAACUAUGUAUCUCACAGUAUUGUAUAUUGCAUUGUUAUGUUACAUUUAUAAGCAUAAGUAUUAUUGCGCAGUAGCUGGUUUUUACCUACCUGAAACACUUUUAAAAUCCUUUUUCCUGUUUAAAUAUAUUUUGAAUACUAUAAUGUAUAUUUUUUUCCAUACAUAUAAUAUAGACCUACAAAUAGUUAAAAUUAGUUAUAAACAUCAAUUUAUUCGAAUUUUUUACAGUAUGAUAGAUAUUUAUCACAAUAUUUUGCGCUGGUUAUAUUUUAUAUAUUACGAAUUAGUAAAAAUAAUAUGUCUCUGUAAUAUUACGGCUCAUAUUCUAAACGGCGUACUUUACAAGUUCUUGGCUGGUAAGGGAUACACAAAUAACAAUACUAUGUAUAAAAACACUACCGAUAUAGGUAAGUUCAGACUAAACAAUGAUUAAUUGCAACGGUAUUUUCAACCUGUCUAUUUACUACCAAAAUUGUAGGGGCACCAGAACAAAGUUACACACUCUUUAUAUGAAUAUUCUAUCACAUUCAUAUGACGUCAUAAUUUUAACAGAGACAUGGCUUAUUCCCGAGAUCUCCAAUGGCGUUUUUAUUGAUAACCGUUAUGCAGUUUUUCGUUGCGAUCGUGAUCGUAUAAGUUGUAAGAAGGAGGAUGGUGGUGGCGUACUGAUAGCGGUGGCGCGCGAGCUCGGAGCGACCCUGUCUCACCAAGACGCAGUGAGCGCGGCGUGCCCGCCCGGCGUCGAUCACAUUAUGGUUGAAAUACCUACUGCUGACCGUGCUCGACCCCGCCAUCUUAUCAGUGCCGCGUAUAUCCCACCUAAACUAAAUUCUGAAGUUUAUGAAUCACACUUUAACUUCUUAUUGCAUAUAUUACAAGCUGAAAAUAUUAACAGUUAUUGUAUUGUCGGUGACUACAACUUACCCCUUCAGGAAUGGUAUGAUCAUGAUACCCAUUGUGUGCCUA